AUGUCACAACCGGACCAGCUGGGUCACAUUCGGGGCGAGAGCGUCAACGUCGUCACACAAGUCAAUGGAGCUGAGGAGGCACGCGUCAAGAAGGAGGCGCUAAGGAGGGAAACAGGCAAGGCUGAGCACCGCGCCGAUGGUCUCAAGCGAUCGAUUGUCGAGCUCAACGCAUUUUCGUCCACGGCCACACGUCGACUCGAUGAAACAUACUACGCCGUGCUCGAGAAGGCGAGCGCUCUGCAAAACACGAUCAUGGCACUCAAGGACUUGGCUGAAGGGUCAAAGGAGAUAUACGGCACAUUCGAGACCGAGGCUGCGGAGCUCGAGAGCGACAUACGGCGCCAACUGGACGGCCUGGGCAGUUUUGAGGGUCAGGAAAACAAGAUCAAGUCCCUGCAGAGCCGGAUCGGCGAGGGCAGGACGAAGAUGAGAGAUCUCAGCGCACGCGUCGACGCCGUGCGAGAACGAGUCGAGAGCUGGGAGCGCGCAGACCAGGCGUGGCAGGACAGGACAAGGCGGCGGCUCAAGGUGGCCUGGAAGGUCGUCUUCAUCUUCAUCCUCGCUGCGGUCGCACUUCUCGUCGGGCUCAGCUAUCUACACCCGCAAGAGCAUUCUGGAACAACGCUGGACGAGUUGCGAGAUGCGCUGCCGCCGAGUCUCCGGCAGAAAGCGUUCAACAUCUCGCGACGGGUGCCCGUGUUAUCGAACAGCGAGGCGGGGGGCGACGCCGAGCUGGGCGAUGUUCUGCGACGGACGGCCCCGACAGACAGGGGGGAUUUGUUGCGAGACUUUGACGAGCUGUGA